AUGUCUACCAACGCCACAUAUGACUUUGUCGUCCCCAUCUUUAUCAAGGGCCUGACAACAUACGACCACAUCCUGUCCAAAGCUGAGGCUUAUGCUAAGGAAAAGGGUGUCGAUGUCGACGCAACGUUCUUCGAGGCACGCCUGGUUGAGGACCAGCUGCCUCUGAACUUCCAGGUCCAGAACACGGCAAAGAUCGCACAGAUCAACCUUGGCCGCCUAACCGGACAAGAGAUUACGCCUUUCGAGGCCGAUGAGAAGACGGUGGCAGGUCUCCGCAAGGUGGUCCAGAAGACACUUGAGCUGCUGAAAUCUGCCGAUGCAAGCAAGGCUGCUGGGAGAGAGGAGACCACCAUUGACCUCCCUGCCCUUGGGAAGACACACAAGUCUACCGUCAAGGCUGCAGUUGUCAACCACGGCCUGCCUAACUUCUAUUUCCACUUGGUGACUGGCUACUCAAUCCUCCGGUCUAAAGGUGUUCAAGUGGGCAAGGCCGACUACCUUUCUAGUUUCCUGGGGUUCUAG